AUGGCUCCAUUGAUGCAGGAGCCAGCCCCCGCACUCAACGCAUUAUCCAAAGCAGCUCCCAAACUCGUCGCCCCUGAACCAGAACACUGCCCGGGGCCUGAAUCCGAACAAGCAGGCAAAAGCGAUGCAUGCAACGGCUGUCCGAACCAGGCCAUCUGUGCCGCCGCGCCUAAAGGCCCCGACCCCGACAUCCCAGUAAUAACCGCCCGCCUCUCCUCAAUACGACAUAAAAUCCUCGUUCUUUCUGGAAAAGGCGGCGUGGGCAAAUCCACCUUCUCCUCGCUGCUCGCGCAGGCCUUCGCAUCCAACCCCGCAUCGACGGUCGGCAUCAUGGACACCGAUAUCUGCGGGCCGUCGAUACCGAAGAUGAUGGGCGUUGAAGCGGAGACGAUCCACAUCACCAACGCGGGCUGGAAUCCCGUGUGGGUGUCGGAUAACCUGUCCGUGAUGAGCGUGCAGUUCAUGUUACCGAACCGCGACGAUGCGGUGAUCUGGCGGGGUCCGAAGAAGAACGGGCUCAUCAAGCAGUUUCUGAAGGACGUUGAGUGGGGGGAGAUGGAUUAUCUGAUCGUUGAUACGCCGCCGGGCACGUCGGAUGAGCAUCUGUCGGUGAACUCCUUCCUGAAGGAAUCGGGCGUGGACGGGGCGGUGGUGGUUACCACGCCGCAGGAGAUGUCGUUGUUGGAUGUCAGGAAAGAGAUUGACUUCUGCCGGAAGGCUGGGAUCCGCAUACUGGGGCUCGUCGAAAAUAUGUCUGGCUUUGUGUGCCCCAAGUGUACGCAUGAGUCCCAGAUCUUCCGUGCUACGACAGGUGGUGGCGCGAGGCUGGCGAAGGAGAUGGGUAUUCCGUUCUUGGGCGCUGUGCCGCUGGACCCGAGGGUGGGGAUGGCCUGCGAUUUCGGGGAGAGUUUCAUGGAUAACUUCCCAGAUAGCCCUGCGUCUGCUGCCUUGAGAAAGGUGGUGAGGAGCAUUGGGAAGUUUAUCGGGGAAGAUCCUGAUGAGGUUCUUCCUGAUGCUGGGCAAAUUUAG